GCCUAUAUUCUCUGAUAAUACCUAAUAUAAAUACUAAGCAGGUUGUCUGAAUGGCAUAGUCGUGUUUUACUCAGACAUAACAGUAAUCAAGAUGAAAUUCCUAGUCGCCAUUGCCCUGAUCGCCACCGUGGCUUCGGCCACCCCCGUCCGCCCCAUCGGACAGCUCCUGGAAGCCAUCAGCGCUCUGAGGCCACCAACCGUUGCUGCUGGACCCGCCAUCCUCGAGCCCAACCCUAUUGCCGUUGGACCUGCCAUCGUCGACUUCCCCCUCCCCGAAGGUGCUCUCGUAGGAGCUCCCAUUGCUCCCUCCCCCGUAUCCAUUAUCGACGGCCCCGCCCCCGUAUCUGACGCUAGCAGCACUCCUCUGGUCCAGAUCAUCUUGAACAUCAACCAGGCUUCCGCUGAGUUGAUCCCCGUUGGCCCCGUCAUCGCUCCCGAGCCCGUGCACGUUGUUGAGUCCGCUCCUGAACCCGUCCAGGUGGUUGAGACCGCUCCCAUCCCCGUGGCUCCCGUCCAGGUUGUGGAGGUUGCCCCCGAACCCGUGCAGGUUGUAGAGGUCGCCCCCGCACCCGCUGAGCCCGUCAUCAUCGGAGUGCCCGUCAUCCCCUCCCCCGCCAUCACCCUCCCCGAGGAACUCAACUAAGCGAUACACAUAACUUCGAAUCUUCAUAAUUUAUUUAAAACUCCGAAAUACUUUGUUUAUUUACGAAUGAAAAAGAUAUGACAAUACAAUAAACUUUUUAUGCCUACUACAAAAAA